AGUAGGAGUAUUGUAUCUGUGAAAUAGAAAGGGGAGCAACCAAAGAGAUCUGUGUCCCCGUCACGGGAGCUAAACACCAGACAAAACAAGAGAUUAAGAGAGAAAUUCAUGUUGAAAUCGCAAUUCUGCAUGAGAAUUUGUCUUGAAAUUGCAAUCGUUUUGGCGCGUAUAUUUGAAUAAGAAGAUCAGACAAAUGAUGUCAGGAAAUUACACAAGCAUUGAUAAUCAGAAUACUUCCGGAUCUGUUCCGUCUGUUCCAGAUCCGCCGGGACAAGUCUCCAUCAAAUUCAACGAGUCGACACUCCAAACGUUUCCACCUUCUUCUACACCACAAGGAGGGAAGAUCUCCGCCAGUUCUCGUUCUAGUUCUGGCAUACCUCGUGAUUCUGAUGUUCCCUUCUCAAAGCCAAUUUCUGGUUCAUCAGAUCAACAAAAACAACAACAAGAAGCAGCCGCUCCCCCAGGUUGGCUUAAGAUAUUCACAGUCGCUGCUUACCAGCCCUACUUUGAUGUUGACACGUCUGAUAUUCUAGAGAGGAUUAAAGAUUCAUUUUUUCCCUUCAAAGGAACCUUCAGUCAGAAAACUGCUACUACCCCAGACUUGUAUGGACCCUUUUGGAUAUGCACAACAUUGAUCUUUGCAUCAGCUUCGAUUGGUACAUGUGUGACUUAUCUUGCUCGAAAGCUCCAUCAUUUGGAAUGGGACUAUGAUAUUCAUCUGUUGACAUGGUCAGCUAGUGUUUUGUAUGGCUAUGCUGUUGUUGUACCCAUCGCCUUGUAUAUAAUUCUCAAGUACUUCUCUGCACCUUUGGGCCUUGCUCAACUACUCUGCCUCUAUGGCUACUCCCUCUUCAUCUUCAUCCCCGCAGUCUUUCUGUCUAUUAUUCCGGUGGAAGCAAUCCGGUGGGUGGUUACGGGUGUUGCUGGAUUCAUGUCAGCAAUGUUUGUGGCAUCAAAUCUAAAAACUCACAUAGUGUCCACAGGUGAAAAAUGGUUUUGGAUUGUUGCUGGGAUUUUUCUGUUGCAGCUGGCUCUUUCCAUUGUACUUAAGCUCUAUUUGUUCAGCGUAAGUACAUAG